ACUCUAACUUAUUGCAUUAGUUCAGAAGUGCAGAGAAAAAGAAUCUACACUAAUAAAAAAAUAUAGUUGAAGAUGCUAUAAUUCUAUAAGCGCCUUAGCACACUAUAAAUUGUAGUAUCCUGAAAUUAUAAUAUAUAUAUGAUUCCGCUUUAAUUUCACACUUAGUUAAAGCGGAAAAAAAAUCAUUUGUUUCCGUUAUAGUUUCGCGGAAUUUAAAGUGGACAUGUUUUACAGUGUAGUAUAGAAUAGUGCUAAUAGUAUAAUGGAAUAGUAUAAUGGUUUAUAUUACUAGUAUUAUAAUAGAAUUUACUAUAAAAAUGAAUAUCCCGACUAUAAUUCUUUUAUCAUCAUCUAUAGUCAAUUUUAUCAUCGAUUUUAUUAUCAGUGUACUAACUGAAAAUAACUUUGAUACGCACCAGUAGUGCUAUCUCUCUCUGACUUUCAAAACAUCCUCGCACGUCUACGAUUGGUUGCGAUGUUCCCCCUCCAUAGCACACUGUAAGUCUCGAAACUGCAUCUGAGGCUCAGUAGGCUCAGGCUCAUUUCGACUUUGACUGCGAUCUGAGUGGCAGUGGUUUAUACUGUGAUACAUUUCGUUUUGGAUCAUUUUAUAAUAGCUACGUUAAACAAUCUUCCGGAAGAAGUGAUUCAGAUAAUACUGAAGUGUAACGAUAGUUAUCUCCAAGAUGUCCAAAACGUUUCAUCCACCUGCACACACUUUCAUGAGAUGUUAAGGACCAAUAGAUUUUGGCGACGGAUGUUGAAUGAGAGAUUUGCUUCGUUAAAAACAUUUUGUGCAGAAGAGGAGCACAAAGGUUUUCUAGACUACAAAGAAUUGUUCGAAGCAAGUGUAGCAUGCAGAAAAGCAUUGCAGCAGUUUGUGAUAGAAAUGAGUGAAGAGAACUACAGUAUCUCUUCCGCAAAGUUUUUGCAAACUCAUAUAAAUAGGUAUCACUGUACGCUACCUACUAUAAUUGCGACCGACUAUCUUGGCCCUUGCACUCAUUCUAUGCAUUUAACUGUGAAUAAAGAAAAACUCAAUUUAUUGGUCCAGUGUUUCACAAAUGAAACGACACAUCACUUGAAAUAUUAUUUACUUAUGAAUGAAUUAAAAAGUCUACAUGAGCAGUCACAGAGUGAACUGAGGACUGAUCUCACGCAUAUUUAUUAUGGUAAAGAGCUUCUGCCAUACGUGAAGCAUCAUUAUCUAAAAACCGUAUCGCAGAACUUUAUAAAUCGUCCUGCUGAGCGUCAGGUAUUUGAAGAGUCAUCACAUGGAGAAGAAACAUACCCGCUUAAACCAAAAAAGAGGAAGGCUAGUAUGAAAUAUGCAGUGGGUAUGAUCGUGAAAAUUUAUCCAAACCUUACUGAUAAUCGGUCGAGAAUCGACGUGAUAAUCGGAUGGCUGAUGAGAAGUUACAAUCCGAGAAUACGCGACGGCCAAAUACUUACUUACAUAGUACUUUGAGAGGACAACACAAUAUUUUCCAUGGACGGAGUAUAUCUGAAGAAGGUAAAGACGCCACAACUUCUCAAGAACGAUGUACUCGGCAGAUAUUUCUCAGAAUUCAAUGGCACUCAUUAUAUACCAAACGAGACAUUGAAGAGGUUCUAUCCAGAUGAUUUAUUAUAUUUGACUAACCAAUUGUAACUUUUUUAUUAUUAUAUAUUUAAGACCUAGAAUGUACGCAACUAUGUUACCUUGUCUUUCUACCAAAGAGAAAUUAAACUAUAUUUUAUAAAAUAAUAACAUAAGUAAUUGAGAAAUGUAUUUUAUACUUUGACUAAGAAAUACAUUUUGAUUAUUGCAAAAUACAAUUUUAUAUCAGUUUAUAAUAUGGAGAAAUUGCUUCCCCUUCUGUCAUCCUUCUGUUAUAUUGAAUUUUUAAUUUAAAAACGUAAUAAGAGUAAAAUUUAUAUAUUCUGUAUAGGUACGUGUCCGGUAAUGAUCGCCCCAGCUUCCGUACACGAGUAGAGCGGAUUGAGACGAAAAGAAAAGUCCUAUACCGUUUUGCUAUUUUUCGCAAUAAUUAUCGAGUAAUUAAUUAUUAAAAAGUAUCAUAUAUAUUAAGCCCGCCUACCGCCAAAUGUAAGCGACAUAUAGUACUGGACGGAGCAUGUCAACGAUGUCGAUGUAUUAUAUCUUUUAGAUUAAUUGUAACAAAAAAAAA